AUGACCACUUUGACUGUGUGGGUGUCCAGCUUCAUUGAGGUGAACGUGAACCAUCCAACAACCCAAUGUAUUGCGUACGCAGACAACUGGGCAAUUAUUGCGCAGAUUCUAGCUGAUUUGCAAUCUGGAGUCAGAGCUUUGGAUGACAUCAUACGGUUGUUGCGUAUGAACAUUUCUGUUGAGAAGUCAUGGACCUGGUCAACUCAUAAGAACUCCAGGAAGGAAUUGGUCACCAUUCAAGUUGCUGGGCGAACUGUCCCAACCAAGCUUGUUGCUGAGGAGCUUGGCUGCGAUGUCUCAUACAGCAAGCGAACCACCAAAAAGGUGACAAAGAAACGCAUUGAUAAGACUGCCCGGGUCUUGAAAAGAGUCGGGGCCAAGAAAUUGCCAAAGAGAUUUCGUGCACAGAUGACCAAUCAGCUUGCUUUGGGUAUAUCUGGAUAUGGCAGCGAACUUGUUUAUCACACCGUUUCUGACUUGCGAGUGCUGAGAACUGCGAUGUGUAGAUCCUUGGGGCGGUCUAGGUCAGGCAACAGCCCCUAUUUGUCCACUCAUGUAACGGAGGGUGUUGAAGACGUGCCACAGCUUUUCUUAGAAGAACGUUUGCGGAUCAAGGGUGGACUUGCCGUGCCAGUGGAAGAGUUGUCCAUUCAAGGGGUUAAGAAUCGAAAAUCCUUUGACAUUGAGUGUGUUGAUUUGCCUGCCUUCUUUCGAGCGGUAGGGAAGGAAGACUGCACCAAAAAGACGGACAUUAUGAAUCUGGCCUGUGGCAAACAUGUCACCAAUGAUGCUCUUGUGCAUUAUUCGAAAGGUGCCAAAAAUGACAAGUGUCCUUUCUGCGGCAUGAAGGACGGACGCUUGCAUAGGGUGUGGCAUUGCGCUGAACUUGAGGAGCGAAGACAAGAACAAAGUGAGUUGUUUGAAUGGCUGGCUAGCCAGCCUGAUGCUGUUUCUGCUUGGGGGAUUUUACCUGAAGAUGUUUCAUGGCUGGAUUGGAAGUUUUCAGAGGAAUCCUGUCUUCCAGAGAUGCAGUUGCCGGAUGGUGAACAACAAUGUUUUGAUUUCUUCACUGAUGGUAGUGCACUUGGCCAGGGCUUUCAUGGACGAACAAUUGCUGCGGCUGCCUAUGUUAAGGCUCAUCAGAACCUGGAUGCAAUCGUUGAUCCCACAGAUCGAUGGAAAGCGGUCAUGAACGACAAAGCUGAUCGCCUUGCCAAAGCAUGCAUUCAGAAGACUUGGAAGAAUGUCCAUUUCACACCUGCGGACCCAGAUGGCCCUGGCUGGGCCAUCGUGGCCUUCGCCACCCCUGAAAUUGCAAAGGCUGCCCGAGAUCGUUUAGACGGCAAACCUGUCUUUGGUGCAGUCAUCGAUGUGGCCCUGGGGGAGGGCCUCUUCGGAAAAGUGCGAAGUACCAAUGACCAGGACACCCCCUGGAAAGAAGCUCGCAAUAAGGAGGGACAGGUCUACUACUACCAUGCCGUUACGCGGCAAACGACCUGGGUGAAACCGCCACCUGAAUUUCCCUCGGCUGCGCAGAUGAUGGCAGGACGCAGUGCUCAGAGCCGAACAUCCCACCCUGGUGUGCAGGCCCAGGCUGCAAUUCGUGCAGCCCAAGAUGUUGUUGCGGCUGCUCAUGGGACAGACCCUGGAUCCACAGUAUCUGGUCCGGUCGGCUCGAAUCUUUUCGUUUACCACAUUCCAAACAGUUGGGAUGAUCAUAUUCUUCGCCAGCACUUUGAGCACUUCGGCAAGAUUUUGAGCUGCAGGGUUCAGAAGGACGACAGUGGACGGCCUCGUGGCUUUGGUUUCGUGUCCUUCGAUGCGCCAACUUCAGCUCAGGCUGCCAUUGCGGGUAUGCAUGGCUUCCCCGUGGAAGGCAAAUGGCUGAAGGUUCAACUGAAAAAAGGAGAUGAGCAGCAGAUUGAGCAGGCCAAAGAGCAAGUCGGAGCAAUGCCUGGCAUCACUGUGAAUCAGGUGACACCAGCAACUCCGCCACCGCCGGCUCCACCAGCUCCUCCGCCACCUGCACCACCUGCUCCACCAGAGGUUGGCAAGACCUCAGGCCCUGCUGAGAAGGGUAAAAAAGGCUUCGGUAAAGGCGAUGGAAAGUUUGACAGUGGGAAGGGCUUUGGGGAUGGGUGCAAAGGCUUCGAUGGUGGCAAGGGGUUAGAUGCAGGCAAGGGAUUUGGCGAUGGCAAGGGAUUUGGCUUUGACGGGAAAGGUGGCUUUGAUGGAAAAGGCUGGCACGAUGGGAAAGGCUUUGAUGGCUUUGGAGCUGAUGGGAAGGGGUUUGGCAAAAAGGGUGGUUUUGGCAAAGGCUUUCGACCAGGCAGGUCGCAGAGCUGCUUCUUGUUUGAUGCAACUGGCGCCAAAGUGCCAAAGGCAAGGGCUGAGAUCGUUGAGCAGCCAGAAAAGAAGUGCGCUGACCUGAAACGGAUUCCACUGGCUCAACCAGCCAUUGUGGUCUUUCCGGUACCGAACACCCAGCGCAGAGCCAAGAUGGACCGCAAAGUUUCUACAUUUCGAUGCAAACGGCAGAUGGACAAAAGCAAGACUGCGGAAAAGCCGCGUGAAUUCUUUAAGGUGAAUAUCCAUGAGGAAAGAACUGCAGCAUACGUGGCCAGGAGCAUGCCAUUCCUCGUGUUUUUGGUGACAGUUUGUGUGCUGACAUUAGGCGUCUUGCGGAACACCGUGCUUUUGCUGACCGUCACCGCUGCGCUGAAUGUGGCAAUGUGGCUUUGGGUGGUAUCCAUGGGAAUUACGUGUAUCUACGGAGUAUAUCGGGCGCAGGAAACCAUCGAACAUGCUGAAAAGGCCAAAAUGCAGGAAAAACCUGGACCUAAAAGCGAUGCAGCGCAAGAUCCUGAGAAGAUUGACAAGGAACCAGAGCCAGAGGACUGGCAUGUCAUAUGUUCUUUCCUCAUAAAAAUCGAGAAUUGGCAGGAAAAGGUGCGCCACAUUGUGGUCAUUCCCAACUACAAGGAGCCCGAGAAUCUCCUGGACGAUACACUACAGAGCCUGUCUGAGGUGACUGGUUCGAAGGAUUUGUGGGUCAUUCUAGCUAUGGAGGCACGGGAGAAAGAAGCAGAAGCAAAAGCGAAGAAUCUGGAGGCAAAGUACACGUGUUUCGCAAAGAUCAUGUCCCACUUCCAUCCAGAGAACCUUGAGGAGAUCCACCUAGAUGGGAGCAGAGAGGCAGAAGUCAAGGGCAAGGCUUCAAACCUCAAGUCCGCUGUCAAGAAGGUGUGCGAAGAGGUUGACAAAGAGACGACCGACGAAGAGAAAGGGUCAAAAACCGUCCAACUGACAAGUCGUCCAACUGACGUGCUGACAGUCAUCGAUGCAGACGUCAUUCUGCAUCCUAUGUACUUCGCGCAUAUCAGCCGUGAGUUCGUAGCUAGGAAGGAAAACGGGGACGAUCCCUCAUACACUUUCUGGCAGGCUCCUCAGCUCCCCUGGCGAAACUUCUAUACAUGCCCUGUAGUCUCGCGCGUGUGGGGGUACAUCAGCUCUCUUUGGGAGUUCGGCGGAGUUGCUGGACUGAUGUAUGGCUCUCAUCACAUGGUCUUCAGCGCCUACACUGUUCCCCUCGAGCUUGCGAGAGAAGCGGAGUGUUGGGACGGUGAUGUGAUUGCAGAGGAUCAUCAUGCCUUCCUCAAGGCUUGGUUCUAUGCAGUAUUCUUAGCAGUCCAGAAGGAGGGAACUGCUUGUUCUCGGGUCCAAGUAAGACCAGUGAUGCUCCCCUCGAAGUCAACAUCGGUGAGCUCUGACGAUGGCUACUGGUCAUCUUGGGCUGAACGCUGGGACCAGGCCAAACGGCAUGCCCAAGGAGUGGCAGAGCUUUCUUAUGCAUUGUUGGCUGCAUGGGAUAUGCUCUCCUCAUUGCCAGUCACUUCUUUGGGGCCAACCUUCCUUUGGAGGCUGCUGAAAAUCGUCUUCAAGCCAUUCAUGAUGCAUAUUGUAUCGACCUUGCAAGCCAUCUCGUUGCUGGUAUUGACGCUUUACUGGCUUGCAAAUCACAAUCAAAUUCCUUGGUGCCCGGACCACAUCGUGCUGACUGAUAUGGGCAGAGCAGGAGAUACUCUUCUUUGCGGCCUGGCUGGUGCUUGGGUUCUGGCUUGGCCAGUUGUGAUCCCCUUCAUGCUUUUGAUCGCCUCCAACUUUGUCAUGAUCCGCAUUUGCUUCCUUUUGCCUGGAGAGAGGCCCCAGGAGAGCAGUUGGCACAGAGCUGACGGUGAUGUAGCCGGCUGGAAAAGUCGUUUUCUCGGGCCCCUGUUCGGUUCCAAGCAAUUUGCGACUCUUUGCCUCCUCCUUUUCGAUGUUGUGAUUUGUUUUGGCCCAAUCAUGGCUGUCUAUGGCGUCCUGGUGGAGCUGGUGGCAUAUUGCAAUGUGCUUCUGAAAGGAAAUCGUUUCGAGUACAAGACAGCUUCCAAGAGUCUUGCAAAUAGUGUUGCUGCAUCCUGCGAUUCAUAUGGAGCCACCAACUCAGCUCAGGAGACUUCCUGCGAUCCGUCAUAGGGCAUCACCUAAAACGAUGAGUAACCCUCUGUUUGAGUGGCUCAGAUAUUUUGCGUUCUUGUCACCUUGACCCUGCAAACAUCUGUUAGAAAUUGCAUCGGUUCUGCACAAUGCAGAAGCUGUAGACAGUGACGCAUAGGCC